AUGUCCGCUCCAGAACAAGACCAGCCACAACCCUCACAAUCGAUAAAGGAAUCAUCACCACAGAUCCAAUCGCAAGACCACGCCGUCCAACACCAACCCGGGACCGAAUCGCAUCCGGGCGGCGCAUCCUCAACAACAACAACAACAUCACCAGCACCAGAAGCACCCUCAGCGACAACAGCGCAACCAUCACAAGACCCAUCACAACAAGUGCAACAAACACAACCACAACAGUCACAACAACGACAACCGCCCGCCUCCCCUCCCCUCCCCCAAAAACACACCCCCGCGACCCCCGGCCCCCGCGCGGGACGCUUCAUCCAGCUCUACGACGGCGCCCUCGCCAGCACCCUCCGCAAAGUAAACUACGACAACUUUGCCUCGUGCUUCCCCACCGUCGCCGCCCACGCGCCGAAUACCCUGCGCAACGUCCAGAAGCAAAUGGUGGAUUACCUCGAGGAGAGGUGUAACAAAGACUUCCAAUCGAUCCUCGGCGAACGAGACGUCAUCCGCAAACUAAACGAGCUAGAAAACCUCGUCAGCGACGCGGACCGCAGGAGACAAGAAGGCGGCAGCGACGUCGAAGAACCCAUCCCCCCACACGUCCUCCCCCCCGACGAAAUCCUGACAGCCCACCUCGCCCCGCGCCUCGCCCCGCAACAAUCGACCCUCAACGCCCGCCUCCAAAACACCCAGGCCUCGAACGAAUCCCUCUUUUCCUCCAUCCAGUCCCAGCGCGCCGAGAUUGACGCCCUCCUCGCCCAGCUCGAGAGCCAGGUCGCCGAUAUCGAUGGCGCCAACGCGUUGCUCGUGGACGUGGCGCCCGAACUGGCGGCGGAGGCGCGGGCUUCCGAGGUGGAGAUGGCGGGUAUGUGA